AUGUUUCUUUCUUUUCUGGAAACUCUUGCUCCAAAAAGUGAUACAGUAGCAAGGAUUAACUAUGAAUUAAUGAAUAAGAUUCCAACAGUCAUUAAGAAGUACAAAUCAGUUGAUUCAGUCCUUGAUGAAAAUGAAGCUGUCCAUUACCCAACAGAAUUCCCUAGUUGCCUUGAUCCACCUGGAACACCUCCACAUAAACCUUUUCUGAAGGUAGGAGUCCCAAUACUGCUUCUAAGAAAGUUAGAUCCUCCUAAAUUAUGCAAUGGUACAAUGACAGAAGCUACCAUCAUCACUGGAUGUGUUGCGGGAGAAGAGGUUUUCAUUCCAAGAAUUCCAAUCAAACCAACAGACAUGCCAUUUGAGAUCAAACGAACACAAUUUCCAGUGUGA